UCUUCUGGUAAAGUUUUUCUUCCUCUCCCUCUCUCUCUCUUCGACGACGUCGGCGAGAGCUAGGGUUUGGUGCGCCACCGCCGUCCGCUAUGGCAGAGGCCCCCCAGUGCCAGAUCCUGGUGCGGCUCCUCGACGGGCGCACCCGCUGCCUCCGCUUCACCACGCCCAGCGUCUCCGGCGCCACCCUCCUCGAUGCCGUCGCGUCCCUCUCCCGCGUUCCCGCCGCCGCGCUCCGCCUCGUCACCGGCCGCCUCGACGUCUCGCCCUCUUCCGUACUCACCUCAGCCGCCGACGGACAGUUCCCCUCGGCGUCCGCGCUCCUCCGCCUCCGGGGAGGCAAGGGCGGGUUCGGCUCCCUCCUCAGAGGGGCCGCCUCCAAGGCCGGCCAGAACAAAACCAGCAAUUUUGACGCCUGCCGCGACAUCAACGGCCGCCGCCUCCGCCACGUGAACGCCGAGCGCCGCCUCGAGGAAUGGAAGGCCGAGGCCGCGGAUCGCCAGCUCGAGAAGCUCGCCGAGGACUUCAUCAAGAAAAAGGCCAAGGAGGCGGGCCGCCGCGGUGGACCCUCAGCCGCCGAGGUGGACAAGUACCUCGAGAAGUACCGCAAGGAUGCUGAGAUCUGCGUCAACGCGGUUGAGGAAUCCGUGCGUGCAUCUCUUGGGAAGAGGAAGACCGCGCCUAAACCACCCCCUGGGGCAGACUCCAAGAAGCUUAAGAUCUGGUUGGGAAAGAAUAAGGUAGAAGAUGAUGAAAGUGAUAGUGACAGUGAUGUGGAUGAUGAGGAUAGAGAAGGUGAUGAGGGCACAGAUGCCAAAUCCAUAGUUCUUGAUGAUGGGAAUUGCUCAAAUGGAUCCAGCAAAAGUGAGGACGAGAAGCCUGAUCUGGGCUCCGUUUCUGGGUCACAUUCAGAAGGAGAGUCCUCAGGUGAAAAGUUCCAGCACAUUGAUUCAGAGGAAAAUGGAAAAUGUCUUGCGUCAACUGUGGAACCGACAAUGAGAUCAGGGGCUGAAGGUGGUGAUUUUGAAUCUGAUGGUAGUGUGGAGACUGACGUAGGAAUGGUGGAUCAGCCCAUUUCUGUGAACAGUGCUGUUGUUAUUGCUUCAGAAGAAGCGCUGAAAUCUGAUGGAGUCAAAGCAGAUGUGGAUGACACUGCUUCAGCUGCUUCAAAUCAAAACCAUCCAGAGGUGCCUCAAGUAGAAGAAUCUGCUGAUGUAAGCAAUUCUCAUUCAGAACCAUUAGACCUGGCAAAGUACAGUUCAGCUGCAGAAUUGGAGACACUUGGCUUGGAGAAGCUCAAGGUGGAGCUGCAAAGUCGUGGACUAAAAUGCGGUGGAACUUUACAGGAGCGAGCUGCCCGACUUUUCCUUCUGAAGACAACUCCACUGGACAAGCUACCAAAGAAGCUGCUCGCGAAGCCCACUGCCGGGGGAAAGUGAGUAGUAAUAAUAAUAGCAUGUAACAGGUUCUAUGAUUAAGGAAACAAAAUGCAAGACUUAAGCUUUAUUUGAAGAUACUGGAAAUCUGUUGUAAUGUGAUCAUACGCCUUUGGCUUGGCACGGCAAAUCAAUGAGAUGUAUGUAUAUUAUGGCUC